UUUUAUUAAUUUUAAAAUUUUGUUUGAUAAAACCACAGCUAAUUCUUCUUGACCCCAAACCCAAAACUUCAACCUUUCUCUUCUCCUUUCCAACGAAAAACCAAGCUUUUCCGCCUGCAUUUACAUGGUAUAUUUCAUUUUCCAAUUAUACCCUUCUCAUAUCUAGUCUUACCGGCAAAAUCCCAAUUCUCCGUUUCCAUUUUAUUUGGUUCGAUUCGUCAAAUUCUGAACCCCAAUUUUCUGAUUCUAAAGGAUUGAUUUUUCCCAGUUUCGAGCUAAACUGGAGGCCACCCAGAUGGGUUUGCGGGAAGAAGAGUUGAGGAACUCGGUACUGAAUCAACUCGUGGACUCGGUGAAGGCGAUAUCGGAGUUGUCCGAUUGCCGGAACGUGUUCAAAAAGACAACCGGGGAUUUGGUACGGAGAGUGAAGCUUCUGAGUCCUCUGUUUGAGGAAUUGAGGGACAGCGAUAAAGCCCUGGCCGAAGAAGAAUUGAAAUCACUGGAGACUCUGAGAAUCGCUUUGGUUUCUACUAAGGAGCUUCUCAACUCAACUAACCAUGGCAGCAAGAUUUAUCAGGCUUUCAAACGAGAUGAGGUUGCAAACAAGUUCCGCAAUGUGACGGAACAAAUUGAAGCAGCAUUGUGUGAGAUUCCUUACAAGAAAUUAGCUAUAUCGGAUGAAGUUCAAGAACAGAUUGAACUUGUACAUUCUCAAUUCACAAGAGCUAAAGAGAGAACUGAAUCACUCGACUCACAGUUGGAUAAGGAUUUAAUCAUAGCAGAGAAAGAAGACGACCCUGACCCUGUAAUUCUGAAAAGGCUUACUGACAAGCUGCAUCUGAUGACAAUCAAUGACCUUAAAAGAGAGUCGGUUGCUUUCCAUGAAAUGUUUAUCACAAGUGAUGAAAAUCCAGGGGACUCAUUUCAAAAGAUGUCAUCAUUGCUUAACAAAUUAAUGGAGUAUGUACUAUCAGAGAACCCAGCAAUUGAUCCCCCUGAAAGUGAUACGGACUUGGUUAAGCACAGAUCUCCUGUUAUUCCAGAUGAUUUUAGGUGCCCUAUAUCGCUUGAAUUGAUGAAAGACCCUGUUAUUGUCUCCACUGGACAGACAUAUGAAAGAUCCUGUAUUCAAAAGUGGAUAAAUGCCGGGCAUAAAACAUGUCCCAAGACACAGCUGACGCUUAUGCACACAGCGUUAACACCUAAUUACGUCCUGAAAAGUUUGAUAUCUUUGUGGUGUGAGAGCAAUGGUGUUGAGUUGCCGAAAACACGAGAAACUUGUAGAAGCAAGAAAUCAGGAAGCUCCAUUUCAGACUUUGAUCGGGUCGCUAUUGAAGGUUUAUUACAAAAACUAGCAAUUGGGGAUCCAGAACAACAAAGAGCAGCAGCUGGUGAACUCCGUCUGUUGGCAAAAAGAAAUGCAGAUAAUAGAAUAUGCAUUGCUGAGGCGGGAGCCAUUCCGCUCCUUGUUGAACUGCUCUCCUCCUCUGACCCUCGAACACAGGAGCAUGCUGUUACAGCACUUCUUAACCUCUCAAUAAAUGAUGCAAACAAAGGAACCAUUGUAAAUGCAGGAGCUAUACCUGAUAUAGUAGAUGUGUUGAAAAAUGGGAGCAUGGAGGCUAGAGAAAAUGCAGCUGCGACCCUCUUCAGUUUAUCUGUUAUAGAUGAGAAUAAGGUUGCUAUAGGAGCAGCUGGUGCAAUCCCAGCACUUAUAAAAUUGCUGUGUGAGGGCACUCCUAGAGGAAAAAAGGAUGCUGCCACUGCUAUUUUUAAUCUUUCGAUCUAUCAGGGAAACAAGGCUCGGGCUGUAAGGGCUGGUAUUGUGUCCCCACUGAUGAGCUUGCUGAAGGAUGCGGGGGGCGGAAUGGUUGAUGAGGCUCUAGCAAUUCUGGCUAUUCUUGCCAGCCAUCAAGAAGGGAAGACGGCAAUUGGUCAAGCUGGGCCUAUCCCUGUUCUGGUUGAGGUUACAAGAACAGGUUCCCCACGUAAUCGAGAGAAUGCAGCUGCUGUAUUGUGGUCAUUAUGCACAGGUGAUUUACAGCAGUUGAAAGUUGCCAAAGAGCUUGGUGCAGAAGAGGCAUUAAAGGAAUUGUCGGAGAAUGGCACUGAAAGGGCCAAGAGAAAGGCAAAUAGCAUUUUAGAGCACUUUCAAAAGAUGGAAAGUGAUAGUUAAUCCACAAUUAAUGUGAUUAAACCAUUUGGUGCCGGUUGUCUGAAAGAGUGUAGGUCUCAGAUUAUUAUAUUUUUUGGAAUAUUACUUUAAGCGUUUGAACUAAGUGUCAACUUGUACAAAGGGAUUAAUGAAGUUGGUGGCUUUUGAGGUGGAAUUGAUCAGAGGGUUCGAAAUUAUUCCAUGAAAGAUUCACUCCUCUGCUCUCUGUGGCUGUAAGUAUUUAGCAAAUCAUCACAAUAUACAGAUAUUCCUGAAUAGUUAAUUUAUUUUCAUUAUUCUUCCAUCAGGAUGGGAAACUGAGUUUUGAACUGUAAAGAAUUUUCUUACUGUAUAGUUUGUUGGUGCUAUUGUAAAGCUUUGAAACGAAAAAAAAAAAAGUUGCAUUGAGUUUUUGAAUUUUGAAUUACUGUGAAAUGUAUUUAUUUUGCUUUCUCA